CACAUCCCUGUUUUUUUUCGACCAAAUAAGCUUCAAAACAAGAAAUAAAAAAGAACAAAAAAAAUCAAAAGCAUAAAAUGUCAGAACGAAGCAACUUGAUGCGAAGAAGAUUAUUAAAUGGAUCUUCUACUAAAGAUGAGUCAGACGAAGAGGCUUUAAUAUCUUUGGAAAAACUGGACCGUGCAUCCCCGGAUCUUUGGCCAGAAAAAAUUCCAGGAAUUACUGAUUUCAUUGCCAUGAGUGACACUCCGAUUCAUACAUCUUCGUCAUCUUGGUCCAAAGGACUUACACAAGAAGAAGUACACGCCAUGCAUGAACUUGGAGUUUAUUCCACAAAUGGUCUCAUUAUGGAAAUCAAAAAGUUGUACGAUGAGGCUUAUCAGCUGGGUGUGAUAGAAGCCAAAGAGAUGACCCGUGGCAAAUACUUGGGAAUCUUCAAUAAUGUUAAGAAGAAGACACCUCCAUAAAAUCGGUGCUCCACUUCCGGCUUUUAGAAAGUAAGAUUUUUGUAAAAUUUUCAAAUAAAAAAAAACAUUUCAUAGAA